AUUGAUGAUAUAGUUUCAGACGCCAAUGAAAAAUAUGUCACAUUAACAAGGCAAACAUAAUAUUGUUGAAGAAAAAAAUAAAUUAUUAUAUCCCAGCGAGUCAUGACUUCUCCGCGACUGUUUGUUCUCGAAGAUCUGUUCAAGUUUAACAAUAUUGUGAUGGAUCCCUUGGUGGAAGUGUACUCCCUGCCGUUCUUGCUUCCCAAGAUUCUGGAGCAUCCCGAACUGGUUCUGGCCGCCGAUGCUCCUGACAACAGUCUCAUGGGCUUUAUUCUGGGGACACGCGUCGAGGAUGCGUCUGAAUCUUUUGGAGAUGGAAAGUCUAUGAGCUGGAAUCAUGGACACAUCUCUGCAGUGGCCGUAGCUCAUGAUUAUCGUAAACUGGGCUUGGGCACUCGGCUCUUAACAACCGUUAGGGAUAUUAUGGAUCGUCAGAAAGACUUUUAUGUAGAUCUAUAUGUGCGGGAGAAGAAUACAAAUGCCAUUGGUCUUUACGAGUCCUUGGGAUAUGUGAAAUAUCGCUGGAUGCCUAAAUUUUAUGCCGAUGACCAUGGAUAUGAAAUGAGACUACCCCUGUCCCGCGAUGUGGAUAGAAAGUCCCUAGAGGGAAUUAUGAUCAAGAAAAUCUACAGCUUUGGCUAUAAGCUGUACUAUCUGCUGAUGUUUUACAUAUUCGGAAUUAUAGCUAUAAUUAUUGGUGUAAAAUUGGUUGAAUAAGCAAUUGUAGUGGCACCAAACUAAUAAACUUUAUUUGGCAU